AUGUCACCGAAUACCCAGUCGAUGGAUCCACCGAGAGCGGACAAUUUCUGCAAGCCUCCAUCUCCCCGUGUUGCACAACAUAUCCCAACAACGAUGCAAGUCAGAACAGGGUACAUGCAGAAAAGGUACAGAGAGAACUGUCCGUCAGUCAGCGCCAAGAAAUGUUGCCCGACCCUGGAUUUGAGGCUCAUGCAGGCGCCUACACCGGUCAAGGACUGGUCACAUCCCUGUCUCGCUCGUGGGGAGGGCUCCACUCAUGAGGCCUUCCUCGGACGCCGGUCGAGAGAUAGGAAAUGCUACCAGCCACAGACCCCCCAGUGCAGCACAUUACUGUUGCAUUAUGGGAUCGAAAGGAGGGUAGAGACAUGGCUGGGGCCAGGGUCGUGUGACAGACAAGCCGGUUAG